AUGCCUCCCAAGAGACGUGCCGCUGCUACAAAGUCCGCUCCCGCCGACGUGGAUGCACCUGCUGCAAAGCGCCAAAAGCCAGCUGCUGCUGCUGCUGCAACUGUGGAGAAAGGAAAGAUGAUGAAGGAUGACGAGGGGAAUCCGUUUUGGGGGAUUGGCGGCCAGAAUCGCCGAGUCGGAGUCUCCGAGUUUAGGGGGAACCAGCUCGUCUCAAUUCGUGAGCACUACGAGAAGGACGGCAAGAUGCUGCCUGGCAAAAAGGGCAUAUCCCUCACCGUCGAGCAGCUCAACGCCUUCAUCUCCAUCCUCCCGCAGCUCGAAACGUACCUCGCCAGCAAGAAGGUCACUAUGGACCGUCCCGCCUACAGCGACUCUACCACUACUGCAGAAGAGGAGCCGGCGGCGGUGGAGGAGGAGGUUGACGAGGAGGAGGAAGAUGAUGAGGAGGAUGAGAAGGAGAAGGAGCUGAAGGAUGAAGACCAUGAGGAGGAAGAGGAGGAGGUUAUCAGUGAGGAUGCGAGUGAGGAUGAGGAGGCGAAGAAGAAGAAGACAAAGGAGAGAAAGUAG